AUGGCCAACUCUGAAGUGCCCUCAUUUUCCCUUGGUCUCGACACACCCCCGCAUUCCCCUAUCAAUCCUCCCCCUUCUCCCACCGCUCACGUCUCCGACUCCGAUCCCGAUAUCCAGCCCAACUCCCCGCGCCCCAUUCUCAAACGCCUCCGCCGUGGUCCCCCUCCGACGUCUCUCGACGCCGAUGCCGAGGAUGACAUCGAGGAGUUCUCCUCGCAGGAAGAUCCCAAUCAAGUACGUUCGCUUCCAUCGGCAUGGACUAGCAGCUCAAAAGUUUCGUUGAAUGGUAGUGGAGUUUUGAGUUUAACCCCUCAUUGGAGUAGUAACUCCUCUAGGCAUGGGAAAAGAAAGGAACCUUCGGAUCAUGUUCCUGCUUCUGCCAGGUUAGAGACAGGGAAGAGCGGCUUGAUGUUUCCCAAAUUAACGACCAGUCCUCUCCGUAGGUUUCAGUUACUUGAUUCCGAUGAUUCCGAUGUUGAUGUUAGUGGUGGUGUCAACUGUAAUAAUCAUUUAGAACAAGAUAAGACAGCAUCGUUUGAUGAGAACGGAAAUGAGGAUCUGUGGAAGGAUUUUUCGCCCGUGAAGAAUGUUUCUGUUCCUAGGUUCCAAUUAAUUGAUUCGGAUUCUGAUGUUGAUGUUGGCGAGGCAAAUACAGUUAACCCUAGCAAUCAUUUAGGAAAAAACAAGAAAACAUCUUUUGAUGAAAACAGAAACGAGGAUUUAUGGAGGGACUUUUUGCCGGUGAAGAAUGUUUCUGUGCCAACACCAGCUUUUAAUGAGUUGUGUGAAGAGUACUUUCGUUCUGAUAACUGCAAGGAAGUGCGGGGUAAUGUCUAUGAAAGUCACAGUGAAAAUUAUCCUGGGGUCAGUUCCAGCUGUCAGAGGAAUCAACAACAAUGGGAAUCUGUGGAUCCUGUUCAUCCUGCUCAUAGUUAUUUUUUCCAUGAAGAUCCAAGAAUUCAGCAGUUAGUUCGCAGUCGCUUGCGGAAUUUUAAUCCAUUGGGUACCAGAAACCGAGUGAAUCAGCAACCUGAUGCCUCACACAUUGAUUACAUGGGGCAAUUUGGCAAUGGAAGAGCUUCAAACAUGCAGGGAGUUCAAAAUGGUUGCAUAAACAGCUCAACAAGGGGGAAAAACAAGUCAAGUAAUUUGAUUGUUGAGGGAUCUUUUAAUACUUCUGGAGGCUGGGUGGAUCCCAAAAAUGUUUCUCCAUUUAGCCAUGGACAAUCUUCUAGAAAGAAAGCAACAAAGAGGAAUAACACUAAGAAUAGUGUCUCAAAAGGUAAAAGUAAAGCUAACAAAUCAAACCCUGCAAACCAAUCGUGUGCUUCCGGGGAUUGGGUGGAACCUAAGAGCUGUACCAGUUUGCCAAAGGAUGCUGGCAAAAGGCGUGUCCAAGCAAGUGGUCAAUCCGCUGGUCAUUGGUAUACAUCUCCAGAAGGAAGAAAGGUGUAUGUCAACAAAAAUGGCAAGGAGUUGACAGGCCGGGAUGCUUACAGACUAUAUCGGAAGGAGAGUGGAGCCGGAUCCAAGAGAUCAAAAAAGAAAACUGUUUCGAAGACGACAAAACCCAAGAAGAGAAACUGA